UACAUAAUAUAAACUUACUAAAAAUAUACUAAAACUUACUGUACUCUAUAUUUCGUCAAUGAAUCGUCGUAAAUGCGUCCGCUAAACGCUUAAUAACGAACUCUACCUGUUAUUUUACUACAGAUGUAUAUAAAAUAUUCACAUAUCAUAAACAUAGAGUGAUUUCGGUAGAGGGUAGCCACAAAAAAUCACACGUUGGCGUAUUCGUGAUUCUAUAGAGGGUACCUAGGUGAUUAGGCGAAGGACGACGUCAGAAAUCAACAUAACAUUUUCUAUAACAAACUGUGUGCGUUAAUCGGGUUAACGUCGUUCCGCCUUUGAAUAAUAUACCUGAAAAUAUGCGUUUUGUGUUGGCUGCUUCAGGAUAGAGGAGUUUUUAAGUUUUCGUCCACGCGUCGGAAAAGGAUACCUUUCGAUCGUAUACCGUGUACCAUGUAUAAUAUCCUUGUUUCAAUAGAUGCGCUAACAACAGUUUUGAACUAUUCUUGAGUAUUUAUUCAAAUGGUCAGGAUCGCGAUGAGGGGCCUCAACAGUAACCGUAUUCAUUCGGUGGAGAAAACCUGCAGUACACGUCGGGACUGUUGGAUACGUGUAUCAAGUGUAAGAGAAUUUUUUCGCAGAACCCAUGUGACAUUACCAUCCGUCUGCUUUAGUUUUAAUGGAUUCACGGUUAAUUGACUCGUUUACCUAUAUCAGAAUCAAAACGGCCGGACCAGGUUUUCACAUAAUAUACUAACACACAGCAAAAUGUUCGUCUUUACAACUCACACGCCGAUUAAUGGGAAUAAUUAAAAUUUAGAUAAAUAAAUUAAAAUGUAUACAUACAUUGAAAAAACGUGUUGUAUAUACAAUAUAAAUCAGUACCGGUAUUUUGUUCUUAUUGUGAAGUUUUAAAUUACCUUUUCACGAUUAACCAAGCAGUCGCGAAUGUUAUUAGUACGAUAUUAUGUAAUGGCUCAGUGUACAAAAAGGCGUUUUGUUCAAAUUUUUAUAUGCUUUCGUUGUAAUUACGUCGUGUUACAAUAAACAAACGUCGAGAUUUGAGUAUGGUAGAAAAAUUAAGUACUUAGGUUAUUACAAUAUUUUAUUUUUAUUCAAACAGACUGUUACAUAACAGCUUAAAUUUUAAUAUAUACCUAACCCAACCUAAACAAGUAUUUUUAUUAUUUUCUGAGGGUCAUUCAACUUUGCGGCGAUCUGGUUGCCAAUCUUCUUUAAUGUAUAUAGAAUAAUAUUGUAAGUAUCAUACCUGUAGGCUGUAGUAUACUAGUUUAGUGAAUUUCUAAUCAAUAUCCAGUUAUUUUGUUUACGUUAAAGGUCAUCAAUGAAAUUUACAUUAAUGAGAUAAAUAAUUUGAUAUAUUAUUUAUUUGUAAUAAAAACUUAUCCAUACUUGUUUUUUAAUGAAUAAAAAUAAUAUGAUAUUACAAGUUAUAGGCUAUUUAUAUUUAUAGAUAUUAUAACAAUUUGUCUAUUUUAACAUGAUCAUUAAUUAUAAAUUGACUUAGGUUCUAUAUAUAGAAUAGUAAAUGGACAUUUUAAUAGUUAAUGAUAAUAAUAUUUUUUUUUUCGUAUGGCGUAUGAGUCCGGGAGUAAGCCCGAAGGCCUAGUUCGGACGCCUGAUUCGCAGAAAAUUUAUUUGGGCACCCGUAGGUUUCUGCCUUGCCCGGGGUGGGGGAUGGCGAUCUCUCUCUCCAGACAACGUGACUAGCCCGAAGAGAGGUGCCACCCGUGACCGAAGUUCGAACCGGCGACGGUGGGCAUCGCAACCGACGCGUUAGAACGCUCGGCCACUUCGUCCCCCAUAAUAAUAUUUAUAUGACAUCGUGAACAAGGCCCUGUUUCAAUUCACGUUAUGUCGGAAUUGUUGGAUGUAUGUGAAGAAAUAAUGAAGUGUAUCUGUUGCAUUUAAAAUUACUGCGGGUUAUGCGUGUAAUGAUUGUAUAGUAAAUACUAAACCGUAGACAUGGCGGUACCUCAAGAAAAAGACGGGCAAGGAGCUGUAGCAGCAGUUACAGUAGUUGAAGAGUCGAAUUCGGCCGAUGUUCCGAAUUUGAAAGGUGAUUGGCAUAACAUUUUUGUAUUAAUAUUGCUGUACAUAAUACAAGGAAUAGGUACCAGUGUAUACAUAGGAGUGCCGAUUAUUUUGCAAGGCAACAAAAACGUAACUUAUAAAGACCAGGCUUUUCUUAGCAUGGUGGCAUGGCCGAACAGCUUAAGAAUAAUAUUGGCACCUUUAGUAGACGCCCUCUAUAUACAAAAGGUAGGAAGACGAAAAUCUUGGCUAAUACCAGUUUACUUUUUAAUCGGUGGGUGCUUCAUUUAUAUGGGAAUAAAUAUUGAAGAUUGGAUACCUGCAGAUAGGGGAAAGCCAAAUAUAUUAAAACUGUUUUAUCCGAUUUUAUUCAUUCAAGUUUUGGUAGCUACGCAAUUCAUAGUAAUCGACAGUUGGGUACUAACAAUGCUAAAGAAAAAUAACGUGGGUUACGGACCAACUUGCAGUUUAAUUGGUGUACCGUUCGGUGCAACGUUUGGCUCUUUUAUUCUAGUUGAGUUCACAUCAGAGAAUUUUUGUAAUAAAUACCUACGAUUUUCACCGGAUACAGGAGGAAUAGUGUCUUUGCCAGGAUUUUUUUAUUCUUGUGGUUUUCUGUUUAUUUUAAUAUCAAUUUUAAUUGGCAUUUUCAAAAAAGAAAAACAUAACAGAUUAGAAGACAACCACAUGAAACUCAACAUUAUUCAAUAUUAUAUAAUUUUAUGGAAAGUUUUAAAGCUACCUAGUAUCCGGGUACUGCCGAUUGCAUUGUUGACAGAGAAGAUUGGAUUUGCUUCAUCUGCGAUUACUGUGUGGAUUUUACAACUCAUUGACGCAGGAGUACCAAAAGAUAAUGUUAUGCUUAUAAAUUCAUCAAUGAUUAUAGUAAAAGUCAUUACACCAAUUAUUAUAUCAAAAUACACCGCGGGACCUAAAACAAUGAGCAUAUACUUAAUAAUGUCACCCAUCAGAUUAAUGUGGAAUAUUACAUUUGUUAUAUUUAUAUAUUAUACAACAAAAUUCAUAACAAAUAAUGGAAAAAUAGGUUUUCCAAUGUAUUUCUAUGCAAUUUUAGUAUUUCUUUUCAUAAUGAAUAACAUUCUAAACACGACCAUGAGAUUGGCUAGACAUUCUUUAUUUAGUCGGAUAAGUGAUCCUCGUUUUGGCGGUAUUUACAUGGCAUUAUUAAAUACUUUUUCAAGUAUGGGAGUAUCGUUAUCGACUUCGCUUGCGAUAUCAUUGAUAGAUUUUUUAACGUUGAAAGCAUGUUUAUUAAAUUAUAAUAACAAUUGUUCUACAACAAGUCCAAAAAUCACGUGUAAAACAAAUGGGAGUAGUUGCUUUGUAUUAGUUAACGGAUAUUAUGUAGAAUCGGUUCUGUGUAUAUUGUUUGGAAUCGGAUGGUACUAUAUUUUCAGUGGUACUUUUAAAAGUGCUCAAGUUAAGAGCUCUUCUCAUUGGAUGGUCAAUAUGAAGAAUAAUACAGUUAAGAAUAACGAAACAAUUGAAAACAAUGGUUGAAGAGUCAUAGUGAAACUUAUUAUCUUGCGCAUGAAUAAACUAUAAUAAGUCAACCAAUAAAUCAUUUUGUUUUUAAUAUUUUAUAAUAUUAUUGUACCAUUGCAGUAUUAUAUUCUUUUUUAGGGUUUUUUUUACUAAGUUACACUCUACUGUAAUCUGUACGUUAAUUUAAUUGCUACCUAAUUAAUUAAUUAAUCUAAUUUUAAUUAUCGUUGAUUAUACAUUUAUUAUACUUGUACUUAACUUAAUAUAAAUAUUUUAUUUUUAAACGAUACCAAAAUUACUUCUACUUAAUUAUAUUAUUGUAUUUAAUCUACAGGUUUUUAAUUG